AUGGGUUUUCCUACCGACGGACUCUAUAUGAUCAGAAACACCGGCAGAAACCUCAUGCUUGAUCUGUACAACAACAAUGCAGUUGAAGGCAACCCGAUCAAUGGCUGGACCGACAAUGGUAACCUGCAGGCUCAAAGGUGGAUCGUUAGGAAUCAAAACCACCCAGGGUCCCAGCACAAAACCAUCAGCAUUCAGUCCAACAAUGCCGGGAACCACGGCAAUGGAUUUUUCACUGCGAAACAGGACUCGGGUGAACGAGUCCGGUACACCAGGAUUGCGUGUCUUGUUGACCUUGUUGGACGCACGAACAAUACGUUUACCAUGAGCUUCACUCGCGGGAACGCGGAUCUGGUGCUCGCCAUUCCGAGUGGAUCGGAGUACGAUGUGAAACUCGAGAAUUACCAUGCCGGAAGUGCCCGUCAACAGUGGGAAUUUACCAAGGUGUAA